AAACAGCCAACAGGAAAGACGAGAAGAUAGCCUGUGUGACAGGAAUGGUAGUCCUAGGAAUGGAAGACCGGAGUCCCCUAUGAUUUCUACAGGAGAGAUGAAAGAUGGCACCAGAUGGGUGCAGUAUUUUCACCAUCACUGGCAAUGUGUUGUGAAAUAAGAUGUCCACAGUAACCCAGAGUAUGUUCCGUUUUGGAGGAGACCUGGAGUUUGACCUCACCUGGGAGCCAUUCCCAGGAACAGUGAUGGAUGUGCGAUUGAAACCAUACUCCAGAAGGGUCAGUUUUCUACAGUUUCUACGUCCACUCACACCAGAAAAACCAUAUUUUCUGGCACAGAUUAGGUCACUGGGUCCAACUAGUGUAGUAACAAUAGGUAUAGCUGGCUCUGACAUCCCCCUAGAUGUCCACCCAGGUCACUGGAAUAACACAGUGGGCUACCAGAGCCAUACUGGCAAGUGUUACACAUCACAUAACUACAGUGGCAAUACAGAUGGAGAGAAGUUUGGCAUGGGUGAUGUUUUUGGAGUUCUUGUCACCCAUUUUGACAAACAGUCAUCUACUGUAGUAUUCAUAAAGAAUGGGUUGCCAAUAGGAACAAGGUAUCAUUACCAGGCAAAGCACAGUGAGUUUUUCCCUACUAUAGCCCUGGAGAAUGGGGCCAUAGACAUAGGCAUGUUGUGGCCCCCAGCUGUCCUCAAACCCCCAGCACUUAGUAUGGGCAACAUGAAUCACUGGAUCAAAGCUUCCAACAUUCAAUAUGAUGCAAUGAAAGAGACAUUUUACUAUGAAGAUACAGAGAAAUAUGCAUUUUGCUCCAUGCAGAGUUCUGUGGCAUUAUCAAAAGACAUUCAGCACUUUGAUGUGGUGGUGAGGGAAGUAAAUGAGAAGGGCCAUGGACCCACCAUAGCUCUGGUCACCUGCAGCAGUUUAAUGCUGUAUCCAACCUGUGGACUUAUGGUGGACUACCUCAAAUGGUCAAAUGAAACUACAGAUCUGAAGCUGGAAGUAGGUCAGCGUAUAGGAUGGGGAGUUCACUAUGGCCCCGAGAGCCAAGAGAAAAACGUAACCUUUGAUGAAACUGCCCUGCAACCUGUGUUGUGUUAUGUCACUCUGGACACCACUGUCAUAUACUGUAAAAUCAUGCUGCAGCCUCCUGGAGGUUUCUUCCCGCUAGUCACACUCAAGCCAUAUGCGUCCAAAGUCAAGAUAGACAUGACAUUCAACCCCCGUCCAAAGGGAGUCGAGAAUCUGGACCAGUUGUAUGCAGAAAGGUUGCAGGGAGCUAUGGAAGAACUAAAAAAAUCAUUUGAUCUGACAAGCAUUCCAAUGAAAUGGUUAAGAAUAUCGGAAGAUCUGCAAGUCACUGUUACAGACUAUGUCACCCUUCUGAAAUACCCGAAGGAACCCAAGGGCAUGGGCGUCAUUCAGCUCCAACAAUCUCUCAAUAGACAGUACAAUUAUUAUUCCAUUACUGUUAAUAAACUUGAUGCAGACUCAGUGGUAUGUCUGGGAGUAGCAGGAGCUGACUUCCCAUUAAAUAAGAUGCCUGGAAAGCUACCAGGAUCUGUUGGUUGGCAAUCCAAAUAUGGCUGUCUCCUCUCAGAGGGAUCUGCCCAUGGAAAUUCCAUAGGAGAGAGAUUUCAAACAGGGGAUACAGUUGGCAUCCAGAUAACCUCCUUUAGUGAAAAGGCAUGUGUGGUUCUGUUCAUCAAGAAUUACAGACCAGUAGGGACAAGAUACCUGUUCAGCAAAGACCUAAAUCAAUUGUAUCCAACUGUGGCAGUGUUUGGGAACAAGCAUGAAGUGGAUCUUAAUAUCUUCUGGCAGAACCAGACCAGUGUAGGGCUAUUUCCUGUGACCAAGAUAGACAGCUGGAUCAUCCCCGUAGGUGCUCGAAUUGUUGACUCAGAAGAAAAUGUUAUAGAGGUCACUACUGACACAAAUGAUAUCCUGUCCCUACAAGCACCAUAUGGACUCAGUAGAACUUACAAUCAUUUUGAGGUCCAAAUAAUAGAGGACUUCAGUGAUGAGGUGCCCCCACCCAUGAUAGCUCUGACCACCGCCAGUCCUCUUCUGCCACCACCGGAGUCCAACUUCAGACAGGACUUCAUCAGGUUCUGGGCAACUGGGGCAGCAUCCAGUGCCAUAAAGAAAGGGGACAAGGUUGGCUGGGGGGUAAUGUUUCCAGAUAAGGAACUACAGGACAACAACAAGGAUGAGCUGGUCAUUUGCUACUUGACCAUUAACAGGGACAUAGCACUGACCCGGGUGAUGUUUAAUCCUCCUGGAGGGUUUCACCCCCUGGUGGUCAUCCCUCCUAGAUUGCAUAGAGUAAAGCUGGACUUCUCAUGCACAGUUAUCAUUGACCACCCAUUCACAGAUGAAAGCAUUAGGACACUGAUAGGGGAAGCCAAACGUCUGCUAGCUGAAGAAGAGGAGCUGAAAUCUGCUGGAAAAGACAUAGGAGACUGGCAGAAAGACAAAAUGCGGUACAUCAAGGGGGUUCCACAUGCAAAGAAUGAACAGGAGAAGGCCCAAGAGGAGGAGUUAUGUGGCGAUGAUAAAACUGACCUACAUUCAAAUACACCUGGGGUGGAUAAUGAAAGUGGAGAGAUUAAUUCCACUGAUGAAGUAUCUCAGUCAAGUGGAAAUGCUGAGGAAACUUGUGAGGAUAUAAAGAAAAAUAAGAAGAAUAAGUCAAGGACUUGUGCAAUACUUUAAUCACAAAGCAGCAGUGAAUUGACUCAGAUUGAGCCAGUUGUAUUAUGAGUAUAUCAGGGUUUCCUGACAUUUGCAAUAUUUUUACCACAUGAAAAAUGCAUAUCACUUGAUUAGCUACAUUUUUACUUUAGGUUAAAAGGGCAUGAUUUUUUUUACUUGAAAUUACGUACUGCUACAUAUUCUACUGAGAUCAGACAAUUGGAUGUACAUUGUAUGUCAUAAUGAUUAGAUAAAGUAUACCAGAAUGUGAACAGCGCAACAUACUUGUACAUGGAGCAGAUCUCCUCAUUCCUGUUCCUUCUGUUUUUUCACCUUUAUUUUUUAUUGAACACAACUUUAUUUAAGGCUAUUUAUACUAAAACCUUUUAAAGAUAUUUUUUUUACCCAAAUGUAGCAUGGCAUUUAUAUUUAUACUUGCAUAAUACUAUACAUAUGUGAUGUGUGUUGUCUUAAAUUUAAGAUGUAUGUAGCUGAAAAUAAGAAGUUUACAUAUGUUUACUCAUAAUUUCCAAGUGUAACUUAUACCCCCUUUACACUGGACGGCGUCCUUUCUGCGUUCUUUCUGCAACCAUGAAAUUUGGCAUCA